CACAGCACGUGACAUUGUUGUUUACAAAGGUAUCUACUAGGUAGCGUAAACCCGCUAGGCUGAAGCUGACAGACGGUUCAACAUUUCUUUGAUAAAACAAACAGCUAGACUUUUAUUGCCCUCUCCAAUAUGUCCAAACUACAGUUGUUGAAUGUAUUCGUCACCGAGCGUUUAUCGGCAGCUGCUGUGGAUAUAUUCGGGGCCGUAGAGAAGACUAUAGCUGAGUAUCGGGAAGAAAUCUUCCGUUCAGCAGAGGAGAACGAGCGUCUACGGAGGGAGACGGACAUGAUUAUCAAAUCGGAGAUACAGUUAUACAGAACAGAUUUCCAGCCACUGACUCCUGCCGUUCCCCCUGAAAAUCAGAACUGUGAGCAGGAAUGGAGCCCCAGUCUGGGGCAGGAUGACCCAGAACCCACACAGAUUAAAGAGGAACAACAGGAGCUCAGACUCAGUCAGGAGGACCCACCUCAGCCCUCACAUCUUUACCUAAACCAAACUGUGGAUGAUGGAGAGAGGAACGCUCUACCUAUCAUCAUAACUGAAGAGAUCAGAACAGAACCUGAUGUAGAGGGCUACAGAGUAGCACAACCAACCAGUGAUCAGCCUCUCUCAGUUCAUCCAGACUGCUCUGCUACACUGGAAAAACCAUAUUGGUGUAAACAAUGUGGCAAAAGCUUUACACGUAAGGGAAACUUGACCUUGCAUUUAAAGAUACACACAGGAGAGAAACCUUUUCUGUGCAAACAAUGUGGCAAAAGGUUUAACCAGAAUAGCAACUUGACCAUCCACACAAGGAUACACACAGGAGAGAAUCCCUAUCAGUGCAAACAAUGUGGCAAAAGGUUUAACCAUAAGAGCAACUUGACCAUCCACACAAGGAUACACACAGGAGAGAAUCCGUAUCAAUGGAAAGCUAUUUAAGACUUCAUCAGCGUGUUCACACGGGAGAAAUCUUACCAGUGCAAAUAAUGUGGCAAAAGCUUUGGUCAUAAACAGCCAUACAUCACAUUUGAGCACUCACAUUAAAGGGCAUACAUUAUAUUACUGCAGUGAGUACAGCAAAAGCUUCAGCCUGAAGUGAAAGUGAAAGUGAAAACAACUAAUUAUACUUUGUAUCAUUGUGGAUUUCUUUUCACAUCCAACUUGUAAAUUGAUGUUAUGUUCUGUUUUCUGGCACUUGAUGACAAAACAAAUUGAGUUGUGAAAAUCAGUGUGAAAAUCAUCAGUCAGUAUUAGAUUUCUUAGCUGAAACUAGCUCUCACUUUCAGAGACCUACAGUGCAUUCGGGAAGUAUUCAGACCCCUUGACUUUUUCCAUUUAGUUUUUUUCCCUCAUCAAUCUACACACAAUACCCCAUAAUGACAAAGCAAAAACAGUUUUUUCAAAAUUUUAGCAAAUGGAUCUCUCUGUACUUUGCUCUGUUCAUCUUUCCCUCGAUCCUGACUAGUCUCCCAGUCCCUGCCACUGAAAAACAUCCCCACAGCAUGAUGCUGCCACCACCAUGCUUCACCGUAGGGAUGGUGCC